AUGCCCGUUCGCCAUUGGUCGACUUCGUUUCUGCGAGACAGUGGUCAAGGUGCGGACUCCGAGGUUGGACGGCGUGCAUUGAUCAUCCUCAACCAGCCGUUCUCGUCACCUUUGCUCUUGCGUGUAUGGAAGGUAUGCCAAUGGCGCGCGUGUGCUGAUGGCGGUGCGAACAGGCUAUACGAUACCUUACAAGCAAAUCCCGGACUUGAUUCUGACGCCUUCAUUCCAGACCUUAUUAAGGGAGACCUAGACUCGCUCCGUUCUGAUGUUGCAGACCACUUCAGACAGUUGGGUGUUUCAAUUAUCAAAGAUCCGGACCAGUACUCUACCGACUUAAUGAAAUGCGUCUCAGCCAUCGAGCAACUGGAAGCUGCAACCCCCGGCCGAGCUCAAUUCACCAUAGUAAUUCUUGGUGGCCUAUCUGGUCGGUUUGAUCAAACUAUUCAUACGGUCUCCUACUUGCAUAAAUUGCGUAAAGUUCGCAAGGAGAUCUUUGUGGUAACCGAUGAGAACAUCGGAUGGUACUUAGAUGAGGGAGAACAUAUAAUUAAAAUCGAUAGAUCUCUGAUAGGACCCACUUGCGGUCUUCUUCCAGUAGGCAUUGAUUCUGCGAUCAUCUCAACGCGAGGACUACAAUGGAACCUGGAUAAUGCAGAAACAUCAUUCAAUGGAAUGGUUUCCUCGUCAAAUUCUGUAAAAGAUGAAGAAGUCUUCGUUUCAACUACAAAGCCCAUAUUUUGGUCCAUCGAACUCGCUUUCCUGUAAUCCAUAGACUAUAUUAAAUCAUUCUAACAGGUUCC